AUGUCUUCUGGAAGCACCCUAUCUCGCCGACGAACACACAACUUAUUACUUAUUUCUACUCUUUUAAACCUACGUGAUACGGCAUCCCCUUUAACUCUGCUUCUAGACUCUUUAGAGCAACCAGCGUACCCCUUACUAGCCGAAUACAUUCGACGUGCAAAGCUUUCUAAAUCCCACGUAGUUUUUAUUUCAUUUGAUACCUUUAAACGGCCUAAGGGCGUUGAUACUUUUAUUUUCACUACCAAAAAGGGAUUAAACGAAGUAUUGAGGGAAGUGAGAACCUCCAUAUCGAACGUCGAUAUUCUUCCAGAGAAGAGGUGUCUCUUGAUUAUUGACUCCGUUCAUGGGCUUGCAUCCCGUGGAUCUCAGGGGCAGCCAGUAAAUGUAGCUGAAUAUUUAAGCAACCUGCUGGCGUCAGCAAGUUCGAGACUCCAGGUAUCCUUGGUUAUGGUACAUCAUCAAGACCUCCCUUCACCACGUAACUUUCACCCAUAUGCACCUUCGCUAUUAUCUCUGGUAACAUACCUAGCAACGACAAUUAUCGCUGUCCACUCCUUUACCCAAGUUCUAGCCCGAAAAACCGCUGCUGACAAAAGUAUGGUGUCUCCUGUUUUUGGCGUCGACGAAGAAACCGAAGGCAUCAUUAUUGGCCAACAAGAUUCGAAGAAGAAACUCAACAAAUAUGAUGGUAUCGUACUGGAAAUGGAACAUAGACGAAAGAGUGGCAGGGGUAUCGUUGAAUGGUACUUCUUACCCAGGGCCUCACAAUAUACUACAAGACAGCCGCGGGAAAUAGUGAUAUUGCUUGACGACCAUCCGCUAUACAGGAGAGAAGAGGAGACUGUUACAUCAGUAGCAGAAGAACUAGUCUCGACAUUUGAAUUGGGAUUAACCGAGCGACAACGACGGGAUCGGGAGAAUGUGGUUCUGCCCUACUUUGACGCGCAGAAAGGCGAGGGUCCAGGUGAAGGUGGACGAAUCCUAUAUGAAAUGGGAGAAGAAGAUGACUUUGAUGAGGAGGAAGAUGAAAUUUGA